AAUAUACUAAUUAAUACUUUUUUUAAGGUCACAAUGCCGGAUCCAUUACCUUUGGAUACCGGACCAUCCAUUGAGCCAAAUUCAGAACCUUCAGCGCAGCGCCUACUUGGAGUAAUCGAUCUAUCAGAACCGUCCGCUUUGAGCUAUCAAGAACUUAGGGCUAUACACAAUUCCAAAGAAGCUACAGAGGAGGACGAUCUAGAAAUCAAAAUUGAAGCAGCGAAAAUCUCCCGAUCGGAAUAUGAAGUUGAUAGUUCAAAAAAUAAAAAGAUGGUUUAUACGAUUUGCUUGGACGAGAGUGGAUUAGAAAGUGACGAAGAACUUUCAUAUUUUUGUAAAGAGUCAGAAAGCAGAAGGCAAAGGUCUAAAAGGAGAUCUAAAAACGCAAGAAGAAUCAAUAAUAUAUGUCCAGAAUCCACAACUGUUGAGAAUGAUGAAUUAAUAAGGGAACUAUGUGAUAUAAUAUCGGAAGAUAAUAAUUGCACAACUGGAACACGAGUACGACGAAAUAGUAGUGUCAAUAUUAUAGAACUAAGCGAUGAGGACUCACUAGAUUGCUUCAAUGCAACUAUUGAUCAACACGCUUCAUGUACAGAGGUGAAAAGCGAAGAAGAAGAUUCAGGCGACGACAUCAUUUGUGUUGAAGAUAAAACUCAUAAUGGCUCUGUAUCCAGAGAAACAUCCCAAACAUUGGUGCAUAAUAAUUCAACACCUGCAAAAGAUUCUGACGUAUCAAGCAUUGCGGACUCGACAAAUCAAAUGGAUCUUGUGGAAUCAAUGCUGGUACCAAAUGAGUGCGAAGUAAACCGAAGGAGUGGUGAUGAAUGUCUAGUAACUGAACCAGACACAACAGUGUCAACAUGUAGUGAACUAGAUUCAGGUAAAAUUAUAUGUGUCUCUAAAGCCACUAGUGAUGAAAAUCACUCCAAAAAUACAGACACAACGGAGUCAAAAUGUACCGAAAUAUAUUCAAUUAAAAGUACAUGUGACUCUAAAGCCACGAGUGAUGAAAAUAAUGUACAAAAAUAUGAUGAAAUAUCUAACCGGAACAUUUUAGAAGGUUCAAUAUUUCAUGAAAAUAGUCUAACUGUAGAUGUGCUAGUUUCUGCUGAGUCCCACUGUGAUAAUUUAAUACCUCAGUUCCAAAGUAGUGAUGAUAAAAUAAUUCGAAAAAAAGUAGAUAAACAAUUAAUGAUACGACUAGAAAAAAUUAAACAUUUGGAAACUUCCAAAAUUUCUGAUUUUAAAACUAAACCAAUUCAAUCAUCUGUUGACUCUGAUUACGACAGUGACAAACAACUAAAGAAAAAUAUUGAGACUUCUAUUGGAUCUAAAAAAGAAUACUCGUUAAGUUCAUAUUCUGAUUUUGAAGAAAAAUACUUAACCAAUCUAAUGCUAUCUUCAGAUUACGAAUCCAAUGUCAUGGAUGAGAAAACUGCUGAUUCCAACAUCGCUUUAAUUCAAGACACGCAAAUAGUACAAGAUGGGGAUAUUGAGGUUGUCGCACGGAGUGCAGAAAUACCUCAAAUAGCCCAGAAAGUAAUUGAUAUUGAAAGCGCUAGUUUAAGUGCUGAUGAAAUUCAAGCUGUCCAGAGACUAUCGGAUAAUUUGAUAACUCCACCAACUGAAACAAUUCAGAAUGUACAAGACGGCGAAGUGAGUCAGUGUAAUAUUGAUUCUGAUAUUAAUGUGACUAAAACUACCCAUGAAGAAGAUGUUACUAGCAUUAAUCCUAAAAGUAUUGACUUUCAAUCUGAUUCAGUACGAUCGAGUCAGAAAGUAAAUGAUAUUAAAGGUCAAUUAAUUGAAGAUAGAGACAUUAAUAUCGAAGCAGUAGAUGAACUAAUUCAGGUUAAACAAAAAGAAAGUGAUGUUGAAAAUAGUGAUCAUUCAACUCAAGAACAACAAGAUAACACUACUACUCUCAUUGAACAGGAAGAUUCUAAUGCAGAUAAGGACAUGUUUCGGCUUAAACAAAAUGUUUGUGGUGGUGAAGAUACUGAUGAUCAUCCAGAUAGUGACGUUUGUUCAACACAACGACAUGAAGAUAUAAAUACCAAUCCCAUUGACCAAGAAAGUUAUAGUUCAGAAAGCGACCGGAUACAGCUUGAACAAAAAGUUUGUGGUGGUGAAGAUACCAAGGUUAGCAAAGAAAAUAGUGAUGAUCAUUCAGAUAGUGACGUUUGUUCAACACAACAACAUGAAGAUAUAAAUACCAAUCCCAUUGACCAAGAAAGUUAUAGUUCAGAAAGCGACCGGAUACAGCUUGAACAAAAAGUUUGUGGUGGUGAAGAUACCAAGGUUAGUGAAGAAAAUAGUGAUGAUCAUUCAGAUAGUGACGUUUGUUCAGCACAACAACAUGAAGAUAUAAAUACCAAUCCCAUUGAUCAAAAAAGUUAUAGUUCAGAAAGCGACCGGAUACAGCUUAAACAAACAGUUUGUGAUGAUAAAGAUACUAAAGUUAGCGAUGAAACUAGUUAUCAUUCAAAUAGAGAGAAUAUUUGUUUAACUCUAGAACAUAAAGAAGAUAAUAAUCCCAAUCUUAUUAAACAGAAAGAUAUUAAUUCAGAAAGUGAUCUGACUCAGCUUAAAGAAAAAACAAUUGAUGAUGUAGAUAGUAUGGUUUGCGAUGAAAAUAGUGAUCAUUCCGAUAGUGACAUAAUUUGUUCAACUCAAGAACAUAAAAAUACGGAUCUCGCUAAUCAGGAAGGGUCUAAUUCAGAAAGUGAUCUGGCUCAGUUUAAAGCAAAAAUAAUUGAUGAUGAAGGUAGUAAGGUUUGCGAUGAAAAUAGUGAUCAUUCCGAUAGUGACAGAAUUUGUUCAACACAAGAACAUAAAAAUACGGAUCUCAGUAAUCAAGAAGGGUCUAAUUCAGAAAGUGAUCUGAUUCGGCUUAAAGAAAAAAUAAUUGAUGAAGAUAGUAAGGUUGGCGAUGAAAAUAGUGACAGUAUUUUGUCAACAAAAGAACAUAAAAAUACCGUUUGCACUAAUCAGGAAAAAAUAAUUGAUGAUGAAGAUAGUAAGGUUUGCGAUGAAAAUGGUGAUCAUUCCGAUGGUGACAAGUUUUUUUCGACACAACAUAAAAAUACCGAUUUCACUAAUCAGGAAAAGUCUAAUUCAGAAAAAGACCUUAGUCAGCUUGAAGAAGAAAUAAUCGAUGAUGAAGACAGUAAGAUUUGCCAUAAAAAUAAUGAUCAUUCCGAUAAAGAACAUAAAAAUACCGAUUUCACCAACCAGGAAGGGUCUAAUACAGAAAAGAAGCAGGUUCAGCUUAAGGAUAGCGAUGAAAACAGUGACCACUUAGAUAGUGACACGGUUUCUUCAACACAAGCACAACAUGAGGACAGAAAUAGCAACGUAAAUGAUCAGUCCAAACAAAAUGUAAGUGAUAUUGAAGAUACUAAGUAUAACGAUGAAAAUAGUGAUCAUUCCGAUAGUGAACGGAUUUUUUCAACAGAACAUAAAAAUACCGAUUUCACCAACCAGAAAGGGUUUAAUUCAGAAAAGGAGCAGGUUCAGCUUACGGAUAGCGAUGAAAACAGUGACCACUUAGUUAGUGACACGGUUUCUUCAACACAAGCACAACAUGAGGACAGAAAUAGCAACGUAAAUGAUCAGUCCAAACAAAAUGUAAGUGAUAUUGAAGAUACUAAAUAUAACGAUGAAAAUAGUGAUCAUUCCGAUAGUGAGAGGAUUUUUUCAACAGAAGAACAUAAAAAUACUUAUUUCACAAAUCAGGAACGAUCUAAUUCAGAAAAGGACCUGGUUCAGCUUGAGAAUGACGAUGACAACAGUGACCACUUAGAUAGUGACAUGGCUUCUUUUUUGGUUGGACAUGGUGUGGACCAGUCCAAGCAAAAUGUAAGAGAUAUUGAAGAUACUAAGGAUAGGGAUGAAAAUAGUGAUCACUUGGAUAGUAACAUAGUUUAUUUAACAAAAACGCAUCAUGGGGACGGAAAUGCCAACCUAAACGACGAGAAAUGUUAUAAUUCAGAAAGUGACCUGAUUCAGUUGAAACAAAGCUUAAGUGAUUUUGAAGAUACUAAGGAGAGCGAUACAAAUAGUGACAUUAUUUGUGCGUCGCUUGAACAAAUUGAGAAAAUUAGUACUAAAACGGUUAACGAGGACCGAUGUAGUUCAGAGAGUCACCAAAUUCGGCAAUCAACAGUAUAUGGUGAUGAAGAUACUAAGGAUAGUUGGUCAUCCGUCGAAAGGGAUAUUACCGAACUUGCAGACAUAGUACAUGCCUCAGAAACCACUAGUAUUGAGAAUAGUGAUUUUUUAGAUAGUGAAGUUUGUUCAAGACAAGUAUUACAUGAGGAUAAAACUAUCAACACUGUUGAUGAUCAAAGUGCUAUUUCAAGAACUGAUUUAGUUCAACCAAGCCUAGAAGUAGAUGAUGAAGGAGCUGAUCUCAUUAUAGAGGAAACUAUGGAAUUAGAAACCGAUUUCAUAGAAGUAUCACAGGAAGAAGUUACCACUUUUUGCUAUUUAGAAGGUGCAAAUGAAUUGGAACAUCCAGAAAUUGAUGAUAUUGAAUAUAAUGAUGAUUUAUGUCAAAUUUCUGAAGAUAACCAAACGAUAAAUGUUGAAAAACCGCUACAAGAAAUUGAAAACUUCACAAAUAAUGAUUCAUCUUUUACCGAAGAAGUUACUCAGGAAUUUGAAGAUGAGCACACUUCGGAAAUAUCUAAAACACGGUCACUAGUUGACGAACCAAGUUGUCUACAUGAAAAAGAGUUAAUCGCUACUUCACAAAUGCUGGAAAAAACUGAAGAUUCAGGCGAAUAUAUAACGCACAUAAAAGAAAAUGUCACACAUGUAAACAUUGAGACCACUACAGAAAUAAAAGAACUAAAUGAAGAAGUACAAAUUACUGAAAAUGAUGAAAUUAUUUCUGAAUCUGAGUUAGAUAUUCAAACAGACGUAGUUGUCGAAAUAUAUAAGCAAGAUUUGGAAGAUAAUAUAAAUACAGACGAACAUGAGUUGAACACAACUAAAGACAGUGAGGCUACUAGUAAUUUGCAGCACAAAAUCGAAUUCGAAUCUGAAGAACUAUUGUAUCAAGAUGAACAAAUUGUUGAAUGCUCGGAAAAUGUGGUGGGGGAAAACAUUAAGGAAUCGAAAAAAGAAGUGGCUGUAGUUUCAGAUCACCUUCAGCAGGUUACUAAUGAUCUUCAAUGCGUUCACGAUAAUAUCAAUAUAAACGCUCCAAAUACUAAUUUACCGACAAAAAUCGAUAAUAACGAAGAAAAUCUCUCUGCGAAUCUCGCUGACAGAGUUUUAAGUCAGAGUAAAAACGAAAUUCAAGAAACUGAGAAGUCCAGCGAACAUAUAGAAGAUAGUUUUGUCAACGAGGUUAUCGUUGGUACAAAUGUGGAAAAACAAGACGACAUACUGUUGGAUAUUGAGGCUGCUUCAAACCAAAUUUACACCGAAGUGGGAGGAAAAGAAAUCGUGCAUCCUGAAGAUAAAGCAUCGAUCAUAUUUGGGACUCCGACCACAGUAAUUGCAAAUGAAGGAGUUUUUCCAACUUCUGCAGAACCUGUUCAUCCUGUGCAGUUGCUGCAUGGCGCAGUCACCAGCGAUUGGUCCAAAAUUAACAGUGUCGAUAGAAGUUUUGCUUUGAAUAAUCUCAAUUGGGAUAUGUAUAAAGAGGCGGUGGUGACGCAAGAGUCCCGUGGUGGUUUGGAUCUACUAGCUAAUACAGCAGAAAGAAUACGAGAUCAAGAAACAGAGAUAUAUGUUCCAAGUACGAAGAAACAACGUAAAAGUAUUCCCCGUAAGUUGGAUUUAAAGAAGCUUCAGAGAAAAAUUGUAAGACGUAAACAGAAAAACUACGUCACAAAGGAAUCUGAAAGUGGCGAAAAGCGGGUGACUAGGAGCGCCUAUAGAAGGCAUUUAAUCGAUGAUAUUCUGAAACCACAAGAAUUUAGAAAUACUCCACCAAUUAAUAAUGUUAAAAUUCACCAAUUACCUGAUAUCAUUACUACUAAAGACACUACUGAUACCGAUAGCAAUGAUAGUGAAUGUAAUAAAUUGUUUAUUGAUGAUAAUAAAGAUAAUGACUUAAGUGUUUAUGAUCAAGAUACACAAGAAGAACAUCUCGAGUUUCGCAGUAAAGUUUCUCCUCCAACUACUACUACGGUUUCAAAGAAGACCAUCAAAAUUAAGAGAUCGGUUAGAAAAACUGCCAAAAAGGAAAUUUCGCGCACAAAUGAAAGUGCUUCCAAGCUCAUGGUCAACAUACACACUAAUCUCAUUUCUGAAGAGACCAGAGAUGGGUUUUUUGAAGAAAAUACUACCUCCAACAAAUCACAGACACACGUAGAGUUGCAAACCGCUAAAAAAACUGAAAGUUGUAACAAAACAAACGCCGAGACUCCACUUAUAGACGUAAACGCUAGUAAAACUGAAAGCUGUAGUAAAACAAACGCUGAGACUAAUUUUAGAAAUGAUUAUCAAAUUUUAGGACAUCAAUCACUGCACUAUUCAGUUUCUACUCCACCAAAAUUACGAUAUAAGUUAGCUUGCAAAAACAACAUCAAAUCUAUGGUUGAGAAGAUGGAAAGAGUUAAAACUGAAGAAAUACAACACCAAGUGAAUCCGUCACACGAGAGUAUUCAUAAGGUUCCUUUAGAUACACCAGGAGGUGAAGAGAAUUAUCUACCUAUAGAUGUUUCCACUGCUUCAUCGGGCGAUAAAAAAAGUACUACCUGUUCGAUGAAUUUAGUGGACACAUGUGUAACGCUUGAAACAAAUAAAUCGAUUGAAUUGUAUAAUAAAGUUUUUAUUACCAAUGUUGACGUCGACUCUCGACUUCAAGUAUCAAAUAUAGAAGUUUUAUCUAAUAUGCAACCUAAAACAGAAUUAUGGAAUCAAGAAUCGGUUACAACACAUAAGAAUGUCGAUAAUACUAUUAUCGAGAAGUUCACAUAUGAUAAAAACGUUAUAAGCAUCAGUCGUCUGCCGGCAAACUUGGUCAAGGUACCUGAAAAAAUCGAUGUUCGUGAGAUCGAAACUAAAAAACAAUCCGAUGAUCCAAACGUAAAUAUUCAAAAACCGGACCUAGAAAUUCGUUGUAAAAAGCUGGAAAAACGACGUAAAACUGAAAUACUCGAACCACAAUCAGUUGCAGUACCCAAUACCGUCGAUGAUAUCGCUUCUCUUGAAGAGUUAGAUUCAAGAAAACAAUCUGGUGACAACAUUGAUUUAAAUAUUAAUAAACAGAUAUCUACUGCGGAAAUUGUCCCUAAAAAAGUGGGAAAACGACGUUUAACACAAGUAUGUGAUGAUAUUUCUUCUCUUAAAGAGUUCGAUGCCGAUAACAACAUUGAUUCAAGCAUCAAUCAGGUACCAAAUGUUGAAUUAACCCCUAAAAAGGUUGGAAAACGGCGUAAAACACAGGUGAUACAACUAACACCUAAGAAUAUAGAUAAUACUUCUUCCCUUGAAGAUGCUAAAAAACAACCUGAUAUCAACAUUGAUCAAAAUAUCGAUCAUCGGGUACCAAAAGUAGAAUUUACUCCUAAAAAGGUGGGAAAACGACGUAAAACACAAGUGUUACAGUUGGAUCCAGUUAUAGCACCUGAGAACAUAGGUGCUAUUUCUUCUCUUAAAGAAUUAAAUGCUGAAAACCAACCAGAUAUCAACAUUGAUCCAAGUGUCAACCAUCAGUUGGAUUCAGUUAUAGCACCUGAGAACAUAGGUGCUAUUUCUUCUCUUGAAGAAUUAAAUGCUGAAAAACAACCAGAUAUCAACAUUGAUCAAAAUAUCAAUCAUCGGGUACCAAAAGUAGAAUUUACUCCUAAAAAGGUGGGAAAACGACGUAAAAGGCAAGUGUUACAGUUGGAUUCAGUUAUAGCACCUGAGAACAUAGGUGCUAUUUCUUCUCUUAAAGAAUUAAAUGCUGAAAAACAACCAGAUAUCAACAUUGAUCCAAGUAUCAGUCAUCAGGCACCAAAUGAGGAAUUUACCCUUAAAAAGGUGGGGAAACGACGUAAAACAAAAGUAUUGCAACUAGAACCAGUUACAACACAUGAGAAUAAAGAUGUUAUUUCUUCUCUUAAAGAAUUAAAUAAUAAAAAGCAACUGAUAUCAACAUUGAUCCAAGUAUCAGUAUCAGUCCAAUAUGCUGUUUCUUCUCUUAAAGAAUUAAACGAUGAAAAGCAACCAGAUAUCAACAUUGAUCCAAGUAUCAGUCAUCAGGUACCAAAUGUAGAAUUUACCUCUAAAAAAGUGGGAAAACGACGUAAAACAAAAGUAUUGCAAUCAAAACCAAUUACAGCAUCUGAGAAUGUAGACGAUAUGUCUCCUAAUCAAUCAGUCCAAUCAGAUAACAACAUUGAUCCAAACAUCAAUUAUCAGUUGUCAAAUAAGGAAUGUCACCCAACAAAGGUAGAAAAACGACGUAAGACACAACUGGGAUCAAUUGCAGUAUCUGAGAAUUCUUUUGAAGAACACACUAUUCUUCAAACAAAUACUGGAGUUCAUUCUGGAAAUCUGAAAGAAAAACUUAAUAACACUGAAUUCGUGCAACAAGAAUCAGUUGGAUCACCUGAAAGCGUCGAUGAUAUUCCUUUAGAUAUUCGAAUAAGUCAAGUAAAGAGAGGAAGUCAAGAAGGGGGAGAGAUGUCUUCGCUCGAAUAUACAACGGUCGAUAAUAUUUUGCCUAAUGUAGAGGAAAUAUCCUUAACUGAAAAACAAAUAUUUCAAAGCAUUCCUAACGAAGAAAUCCAGGAAACAGUACAACAAACCAACACCAAUCUUCAAUAUCCAAACGUUGAAGUUUCUCUUAAUGACCCCAAAGAUUUUACAGGAGAAGUACUACAAAACGAAUCGAUCGGGUCGACUGAGAGUGUCGAUGACAUUCCUUUACAUCUCCGCUUAAUGCAAGUAGAGCAUGGAGUUAAAGAAAACAAUCCUUCACAAGAUUUUUUAGUUGAGUCACUUUUAACCUCUGAUACAGGCUGUAAUAUUUCAAAAAAUGUGGAAGAAACUCUUGCACAAUCUGAAGUAGUUAAUAAAUCAAGUUCAGAAUCACAAGACAUGAGUGUUGAAGAAAAUAAUCUUUCCGAAGACGUCAAUAAUAGAAAAAAUUCCGUCUUGAAGAAAAUUAAAAUAUUAUCUGACGUACUAAUUUCCCCAAAAAAGGAAGCUAUAACCUCAACUAUAACGCAAAAACAAUCCAAGUUAGAAGAUUUGGAAGUAACUGACACGUUACCUUCAAAAAUUGUUUUGGAUAGCAAUCAGAACACGAGUGAGCGCUUUAGCACAAAAGAAAAAAGGAAAAGGGGGCGAGCAACUAAUAGGAAAAAUGCGGAAAUUCUUCCUGAGGGCAUGAAUAAAUCCUUGGUAAAUGAAACACAAACGCAUUUGGAAGAGGGAGAGCAACACGAAAUUGUUAAUAAAGAAAUUAAAAUAAUGAAAGACAGACAAGAUAUUAAUAAAAAUAAGAAGACAACUGCUGCUAUUAACCUUGAAAGUGUUUUUAGUGACAUAUCCAAACAAGUUUCAAGUAAAACCAAAUAUAGCAUUCUGAAACCAAAAGAUAGUGAAAGUCAGGAUACAAAAAUUACCAAAUCAUCACAUUCGGAAAGAAGUAAAAGACGUAAGUCACUGGAUGAUGUAGUGGUAAAAACAAAAGACAAACAAGUGACGUUCUCAAGUCAAAUUGAGGAGAUCAGAAGGAAAGAUGUUAGUUUAGAUAUAGAGCAAGGAAAAAGAAGCGAAAAGAAAAACCAAGUAUUAAAGAAUCGGAAUAAUGAAAAAGAUCAAACCGCAAAUUUAGAUAAAGAAAAAGCGACAGAUUCUCUAAAGAAUGAAAUGGAAAAUGUAUCGUAUGAUGUGGGUUCUAAUAAAAAGAAACUGAAAUCGACAAAUAAGGACAAUAUUCUCGGUAAAAAAGAAGUUGAAACACAAGAAAGAAAACCGAGAAGAAUAUCAGUUAUGUAUGACGAAAAAGAAGUAGAUGAUCUAAUUAGGAAGUAUGUCGAAGAUACCUCGAUUGGACAACACCAAAUGACCGUAACAGCUGUUGUGGAAAAUAAAUUAAAAACUGAUAGACACAAAUCAGAUAGUAAAUCGGCUGUACAAAUUCAAAAACCCAAGAUACAACUGUCUGUUAAUGAACGAAGAGUACGAAAUGACAGGUCAAAAUCUUGUACAGAGUACGACAUAAGUAGAUCGAAAAAGUCUUCAAAUGAAAAAUCAUUAAGAUCCAAAUCAGCAUCUACGUCUGAAAUUGACAAAAAACUUGAAUUGGAUAAGCCCAAAUUGCUGCAAGAUAGCAUGCUACCAGCUGAAUAUACAUCCAAGCGACGAUCAAGGUCUGCUUCUAAAGAUGACAACCAAAAAAUUAUUUCGGAAGAAUGCAAUGAACUUUCCCAAUUAACUAAGAAACCAGAAAAACAACCAAACAUUAGGAAAUUAAGAUCAAAAUCUACAUGUAUUACAGAGUCAGAAAAAAUGUUGAAGCAGCCUCAAAAAUUAUCUGACUCCACCUUAAAGAUAGCAGAUUCUAAUGAAAGACGACUAAGAUCGAAGUCAUUAGUUACACCUGAAACUGAACACCCCAUCAAACUCGAACAAAGUGUGCCAAAACCACAUAAAAAUAGCCACGAUGUGAUUACCUCUUCGUCAGAAAUCGCCGAACAGUUACCUAGAAGAAUACUGCGUUCUAAAACAAUAUCCAAUGAAAGCUUGACCAACAAUAAACAGAAUGAGUCAGUACUGAACACGGAAGUUCCAAAAGAUCUACCAGAAACUAAACACAUUGCAACAGAACAAAAGUCACCAACAGACUGUUCUGUUAAAGAAAAAUUAGAAUUAACUACAUUAUCUGACGAUACUCAGGAUGUGUUUAAUACAACUCUCAAAGAGACCAUUACAACUAAAGCCGCAAAUUUCCUAUCAGGAAACCCUAAAGACAGCACUCCUUCAGCUUCAAAUGUAACAGAAGAACCAGUAACGAUAAACACACGAUCAAAGACGGUGAAAACAAAAUACCACAAAGAACAUUCGUCUCUUUCAGAUACUAUAGCAACACAAUCGAAAUUUAUCAAUGCAGAAGAUCAAAAUUUACCAGCACCGAGUGUAUGUUCAAGUGAAAUUGAAAGUGCUGUAAAUGUAUUAGAAGUUUCACAAAACAUCAGAGAAACCAGGAAGAAUAAAUACGUGCCAAUCAAAGAUGUCAUAGAUAAGACGAAGACAAAGGAUCAAAUAACUUUCAUCGACAAAGAACUGCGAGUAAUUCUAUACAGAGAUAAUAAUGAAAAUAAUAAAACUACAACAAAACUUCAAGAAGUUUCUGUAAAAUCAAAAGAAGGGGCGAAAGAAACUAUUGCCAAAACACAUACCACAGGUUUAGAUUUGGGGAACGAGACGGAGAUUACUCAAGUAGAAGAGUCUAAACAAGAAAUAGCAGGUGUGGAAGAAUCUACAGUGACAGGACACAAACAUAUUUCUUCGUCCAUUUCUGUUGAUGAGAGAAAAAAUUGUAAAUCUGAUGUAUCUAUUAAUCAAGCGCCAUGUCAAAGCCAAAUUACUGUAAAACCUGUAAAAGAUCGACUCAACUUAUCAGAAAUAUCUUCUUUGAUAACACACAAUGCGAUCCAAAUACAUGCUGAACCUAAACACGUAGUAGUUGAACAAUCUUCGUUAGAAAAUCAAAUUAAUAAUGAUAUCAAGUUAACACAGAGUGACUAUGACACAAUAUCAGAAGUAACUUCGUCAGAAACACAAAAUACUGAUGUGCCUACAGUGAAUAAACCUGAUAUAGUGUCAGAAGUAUCUUCUUCAGAAUUAUAUAAUGAGGUCCAAGCAGAUCCUAUUGUUGAACAAGUGCCAUUAGAAAACCAAAUAAUAGAAAAUACAUCUGAGAUACCAGAAAUUUCGUCUUCGGAAACAUGCAAUGAUAUCCAAGACAAUCAAAAUAAACCUAUUAAUGAAUCAAUUGAAGAAAAUUCGCUUGAAGGUCAAACCAAUACUGGUAUUAAGACCACAGAGUAUAUUUCUGAAGGGACAUCAGAAAUAUCGUCUUCAGAAACAUACAAUAAGAUUCAGCAAGAUGUAAUAAAAUCUACUGAAGUCCCAGAUGACCAACUGUCAAUUAGUGAUUGUGUAAUGGUAACAGAGGACAAAUCUGACGAAAUAUCUUCUUCAAAAACUUCUAAUGAGAUACAAGAAAUGAAGGUAAAAGCUGCUGAUGUACCAUACGACCAAAUGUCAGCCGAAAGUCAGAUCAAUGAUAGUAUAAUGGUUACCAAAGAUAAUUCGGUCGAAGUACCAGAAAUAUCUUCUUCGAAAAUUUUCAAUGAAAUACAAGAAGUAAACAUAAGACUAACUGAUGUGCCAGAUAACGAAAAGUUGACAGAAAAUCAAAUUAAUGUUAGUAUAUUGGCUACCGAAGAUAAGUCAGACGAAAUAUCUUCUUCAAAAAUUUCCAAUGAAGUAAAAGAAGUGAAUUGUAAUGGUUACACAGAUAAAUCUGAUGAAAUAUCAAAAAUUUCCAAUAAGAUACAAGAAGAUAAAGUACGAUCUGAUGUACCAGUUGAGCCAAUGGCAAAUGUAUACAAAAUUGACGACAGUGUAAAGUCAUCUGAAAAAGUAAUGGAACCUUUCGAUUAUGUAAAAGAUUCAAUAGCAAUCCAAGAACAUUCUAUAUCACUAGGAGAGGAAUCUAAAUCAUCUCCAUCUGUUGAACCUGCAUGUUCAUUAAAAGGCGGCUUUAUUAGUUCAGAAAAAACACAAAGUGUCGUUCCAGAUCAGCAAUAUUUGAAACUUAAUGAAAAAUUGAAAUCAAGAAAGUCUUCUUCAAGAAAAAACAAAGUUUCUGAUGGACUGAUUACAAGCACAACAGCAUCAGACAAUAAACAUCUAAAACUGGAUAAAAGCAUAAAGAGAAUUCCAGUGAUGUCCGAAAGUGUUGACAAAUCAAAAUCAGUAAAGAAAUCCGGUAGUGUUUUAGAUAACAAAACUAAAGACACCAAAGAAGUGACACUAAAUAUACGAGUUCUGAAACCUAUAUCUCGAAAAGAGAGAAGAAAGAGUACACCACAAAAAAUUUUGAAGAUUAAGUCAAAAAUUAACCUAACUGAGAUUAUUGCCUCUAAUACUGAGCUGUUAGAAGAUAAAUAUGAAAGAAAAUCGGCAGCUGAAAGUAACUUAAAAAUUGAGACUACAGAUCUGGCCACUUUUGAUCAACAACAGGAAAAUACUGAAGAACGACUGAUUACUGAUGGUACUAAAGAUCACGAAGAAGAAAAAAUUCAAUUAGAAACACUUCCUUUGAUUGAUAAUGAAAAUCCAGAUGUAGGAUUGAUGUCAUCAAAUGUUGAAGAAAUCGAGCUAUCUACAGAGAAUUUAAAUCAACAGUCUGAGCCUGUAGAAGCUAUAUCUGAUGUCACCAACAAAGAACUGACUUCAAAAACAUUGAACAUUAGUGAAACAAAUAUCUCAUCUUCAUGUGAACCUAUGAAUCAAUGUACAAGUACUGAGUUAUACAAAAAUAAUAGCAAAGAAUAUUUUUCAAAUGUUGAUUUGAAACCAAUAGAAGAAAAGGUCUCAACUGAUUAUACAGGACAAGAAGUAGUAGAUAUUGAAAAUAAUAGUGGAUUGGUAGUAAAUGAUGCUCAUAUUUCAUCUUCAUCGCCAUCAGAUGAAGACUUGAGUGUUAAGGUCAAAGUUAAUAGCGAAAAAUGUUCAAGUUUGGAUGAAAUAACAACUCGGUCCACAGGCUUAACUUCUACAAACUCUUCUAUUGCAGAAGACUCUCAAAUAGCUGCUGUUGUCCAAACUUUGGAAGGUGACACUGGUAAGACAUUUGAAAAUACAACACAUCUGGAAUAUCCACCAACUAUUGUGGAUAAUGAUGAAUUGGUAACUCGUUCUACUCCAAUAUUCCCAGAAAGUUUACCAGAAGCUAUGCAAGAGAAUAAAGAAAAUACAAGUAAUGCAAAUCAAGACUUAAUAAAUACUAUAACCAACGUUCCUAAUAAUUUAGAGGUCAAUAGCGAUGAUCACGACACCUUAGAACAAACAGCACGUUUUGCUUUAGAUACAGAUUUCACUUCUAGUAAAACUAUUGAAUCUUCAUUUAACCUAGAUACAAACAUUGAUAAUGGCAUAAGUAACAUCGAUCUACCAGUUACAAAUAUAGAUUCCAGUAAACCACAGACUAAAAUAGAUGUACACACUUCACUAAUGACAGAAGAUAAAAUAAUUUCGAACAAAACGAAAAUUCAGAAUACACCUCAUGUAGAAGCUGUUGUUACACAAAAUCCAAUGUUAAAUAUUUCAAUACCGAAAGUAGAUAAUGCGCAGUUUUCUAGUGAGUCCCUUGAAACACCAGAUAUAGAAAAAUUCCUCGCCACCGUUCCGUUCUUCGGCAAUUCAGCACAGCAACAAGAACCAGUAAGUGUUUCCGGGUUUCAAGAUAACGAAAAGUUAUCGGUUCAGGCAGUAAACCAAGAAAAUAUUUCUAAGGUUCAGGACCAAAUAACGCCACCUGAAAUCAAGAAAGAUUCAUUAAUACUUCAUGGUAAAGGCUACCGAGGCGAUGGGCUAGAGGAAAACAUACAAAAUACAGGUAAUCUAUCCGAAAAUAUUUCUUUACUUUUAGAAAUAUUGGCUUCAGCAGAAAACCUAGACGCCAUCAAUGGAUCGGAAACUACAGCAAAUAAAAAUGGUGAUGUUGUUGCUUACAAUCAAGACAACCAGUCCCCAUUGAUUCCAGUUUCUGUUGAAAAAAUUAUAAACGAAUUCAAAUAUCCUCAAAGCCCAGUAAAAGUUCUGCAAAAAAGAAAAGUUUUACCGGAGAAAUUCCAGUCACUAUCACAAUCUUUUGCUGCUGGUUAUCCCAAUUAUGAUUCAGAACCUUCAACUAGUACUGGUAUUUAUGCUUCGAGGAGAAAUAAGAAGCCUGUAGCGUCGUUAAGUAACCAGCAGAGCAGCUCUUGGGACAUUCCAGAUGUUUCUUGUAAUGAAGAGGUUGUUUCAACAGAAUUGGCACCUCAUGACUAUAGUUCCCUGGAAGAUAUGUCACAAUCUUUAGUUUUAGCUUCUGAUAAUCCACAAGAAAACCAAAACCAAGCACUAAUGCCAUCUGCAGAACAAGCAAUGUCUUACAGAGAUCUAGAUCCUGAAGUGUUUCCAGCUGAUUUUGCUGAUUUUUGUACAAAGAUGUCUGUAACAGAAACAACUUCUUAUGUCGUAGAAAAAAGUUGGAUACCAUCACCGUUCGGUUUGCCCAAUCAGUUCAACCAUCCGUUCUUUAAUCAUUUCAAUUUAGUUCCGAAGUAUAGGGAUGUCCGAUCUCAGCAAAUAUCCAUAUCUCGUACUAUUUCAACCACCAUUACUGACAGUAAUAUGUAUCCCUAUCCAGACAUUAUGCCAACUGCUGACAGAAGAAUAACUUCCAAGAAAGAGAUCAAAUUAGUCAAUCGAUUUAACCAAGCUAAUGCAGAUGUCAGUGUAAAUUGUAACGAGCUAACUGCAAGUAAUAACCCAGCUCUGGAAAAUUAUAUUGCUCAGGGAAAUCAGCAGAGUGGAAAUUCGCAAUUGAGAGCUAUAACCGAUGGAAAAAAUGACCAUAAUUAUUCUUAUUUCGCAGGUGAUCCUGUUAUGAGUAUUGCCGAAGAAGGAGGGGAUAUGUCUCCAAAUGCUAAGGAAUUCGGAAACGUCAUUCUCAACUGCGAAAAUGACAAUGAAUUCUUAGACUCCACAGCACCAUUAUUGGACUUGGAUCUAUCUGAUGAAAAUUCUACCAGACGAGGAACUGAAUCUUUCCCAUCUUGGGACCCUGAACCUAAAGUCACCGUAGAGAAUAGUGAGCAAUUUGACGACGAAACUUCUUCUGUUAUAAUGGAGUUCAUCGUUGACCACUCGAUAGCAGACGCUUGGAAUCAACAAGAAACUGUAGAUAACGAAAUUCAAACGUUUCCUGUGUCGAAUUUUGAUUUAUUUUCACAGGAGAGCUUAAAUCAAGGAGGAGAUACAUUUAACAAUUCUACUACGCUGUCCGAUGAGAUCGCCACUUCUCAAACAUGUCGUGUAGAACCGUUAGAUGAUGAUGUAAACAUAAAUAUCUGUUCAAGUUUAAGCCUUAGUCCUGAUGACGAUGAACUACCUCUAAUGAAUACCAAUGCUGCCGCUCUUUACCAAAAGCCAGAAACUACAGAUAUUGACUUGUAUACUUCUUUUGACGAAUUAAAUCAGAAAACGACCCCACCCACAACACUCCUAAAGGUCGACAAUGUAGUUCCUGAGAAAACCGCAGAUAUUCCCAAACCUGAGAGUAAAGAAGACAUACCCAGUAAAACUGACAAUAAAUCUAAAAGAGUGGCACAGCAACUAGCUCUCUACAAAAAACUCAAUUCUAAGAAAGCAAAGGAAGUAAACCAGAAUGACUCCAAACAAAAUAGCAUGGAGAUUCCAAGUAGACAAUCUGUCAGAAUUUCCCCUAGAACAUGGACUAGGCAAUCUGCAUCUCCAAUGUCUGUAAAAACAAGCCCAAGUUCACAGGAGGGAUCUCCCAAAACAGUGGAACAGUCGCCUAUAGAAUCGCCAGUAUCUUGUAUUCCGUCUGAGCCUGUUAUUCUGAACUUCAAGUUGAAAAAUUUGCUGCAGUCUGGUAUAAGAACAGAUAAUUUGAACACUCUAGAAAAAGUGAAAAAUACCAAAGUCGAUGUUGUACCUGAACAAUCAACAGAAACUCCAUCUGUAGAAGCCGCCACGAAAACCGAGGAAAUUGCAACUGCCAAAACUGCAACAAAAAAAAUUGACUCUAGUAAAUCCGAUCUUACCAAGAAAGAACACAUUAAAGUUGAUAGUACUAACGUAAAAGAUGAGUGUACUGAAGAGAAUAUAAAGGAACACAGUAAAACGGACAGUAAAGCAGAUAAGAAAAAAGAACACAGUAAAAUAAUUUCCAAACCAGAAAGAAAGGUGGAGGUAAAUGACAGUGAUACUAGUAAGAUAGACACUACUAAGAAAGCAAGUACAAAUGACGCCUCUAAGACAGAAACUAAUCGAAAUGACCAGUCAGAGACCAGGAAAGAAAUAUCCAAGACGGACGCUUAUAAAGUAGACACCAAAAAGGAAGUGAAUAAAAAAGAUAGCAAAUCAGAUAACAAAAAAGGAGUUACUCAAAUUGACGACAACAAAUCAGAAUACAAUAGAAGUGAUUCUAAUAAGACAGAAAAGAAAAAGGAACAUCAUCAAACUGACGUUUCUAAAACAGAAAGCAAGCGGGAACGCAGCACAACGAACAUCAGUAAAUCAGGAACAAAUAAAACACCUAAUACAGAAGAUAAUAAAGCUGAAAUUGCUAAACAAUCAAUUAGAUCAGAUACUAAACACAGUUACGAUGAAACUAGAUCGACUAGAACUUCUCGACCGGACCGCACGGAUUCAUCAUCACGAAAAAAGGUUGCUGAAGAUCCUACAAGCAACAGCCUUAAACAACACUCGUCGAGUGAGUCAAACAAGGAAGACAAACAAUUUAAAGAAUAUCCAAAAAAUCCCAGGACGACUUCCAUUAGUAUUCCGGUAAAAUCAUCUACAGGAAAGAAGUCUGAAGUGUUCGUGAAUAACGAUGUUUCUCAGCUACAAUCCAAGUCGAUACCUAAGCCUGUGCUGUCACAAAUGGCACCGGAAGAUUGUCUUCAAUAUGAAAUUUCUGAGGCUAGAUCUAAUUUAUAUGACACUGUUAAAUCAAGGAAGAGAGCAGCGACGAAAAGAGAAACUUCAGUAGAACGCAUCGCUGGUACAAGUCGAUAUCAUCACGAAUUUAGGCCUCGAAAAUCGAAGAGGAAGAGCCCAGAUGAAGACUCAGAUUACGUCAAAAUUCCUGAAAAAGUUCCUCGUGUCGACGAGGAAAGACCAAAUAGUUCGAGUGAUUUAAAAGUCAAGAUACGACGCGAUAGCUCAGGUAGACAAUAUACUACAACGCCGAGUCCACAAAGUGUAGAAGCAGACAGUUCAAGCCGACAAUAUAGUACGAGUGCUGGUAGUUCUGUUAGCCAAAACUCUCAAAGAUAUAUACACGACAGUUCAAGUAGACGAUACGAAAUGGGUGCUGGCGGUUCUGAUAUUCAGAAUUCUCAAAGACAUACAAGAGACAGUAUCAGCAGAUCGCAUUCUGGGAACUUAAACAAUUCGGGAAAUCAAGGUUCUCAAAGCACUGGAUCAGACAGUUCUAAUCGGCAAUAUACAAGUGCUACUCCUGUUAGUAACCAGAAUUCUCAAAUAUAUAAACGAGACAAUACAGGUAGACAGUAUGUUUCCACUUCUGGUGGUUUUAGCAGUCACGGUUCAAAAUCAACCAGUUCGAGUAGACAAUAUUCGUCUAGUUCUGGUAGUUCUGGAAGCCAGAGGCCUCAAAGCAGUAGACAAGGCAAUUCUGAUCGGCAACACCCUUCAUAUCAGAGUUCUGACAGCCAAAGAUCUCAAAGUACUAGACAAGAAAAUUCUUAUCGGCAACACGCUUCAUAUCAAAGUUCAGAAAGCCAGAGAUCUCAAAGUAGCCGAUUGGAUAAUUCAGGUAGACAAUAUCCACCAUAUACUAGCCCCUAUCAAAACACCCCAACUGACAAUUUAGGUCCUAAUAAACCAACUCCUCAAGGUUCUUCAUCCACCGGUUAUACCGUCGAUGAAAUCUUGAACAAAUCAAGGGAACCUCGAGAGUGUACGAAAGAUAAGAUUAGGAGUAAUGGCUAUAAAAGAUCGUCGAACGGUUUACCCGUUAGCAGUCAUAAACCUUUCAAGACCAGCGAAGAUGCUUUUGAUCAUUUGGUGGUCGAAGGAAAUGUGAAUCCUUUCUUUAGCAACCAACCAAAUGAUCCAAAAUAUGGAAUUAAUAGGAGACUAGAUGAUCAAAGCAGUCUGUGGAACAAGAGUGAAAAAAGUAGGAGAGAUUCUUCGCAGCGAUAUUCGAGUUCCAGAUCAAGUGCAGAUUUUAGUAGAUCUGCCCCUGACAUGAAAUCGCCAAGAUGCGGACAAUACCGAGACAUUCGAAGUCCCAUAUAUCUUCCCAGAAGGCCCUCAAACAAUAAAUUCCCAAGCUCUUCAAACGUGAUAUCCGAAAAGUUCCAACGAAUCAACGAAGGUCAAAAAGCUCCUACAUCGUCAGACACACAUCACUACACGGGAAGCGGCAGUGGCUUGUCAGACGAAAAGAAAAACGAGCUGUUGGAAGACCUCAGAAACAUGGUUCAGAGACAAUUAAAUAAGAGCAACAAGAGUAAUUCCAAUUACGAUUGGUACCAAGGAGUUGAACCUCUUCUCUCUGACAACCCGCCGGGUAAUUACUUAAAUUGUUCUAGAUAAUGUGCACGGUCCUCGGCGAGAAUAGACCUUGUGGAACAUGUGUAUAGCCACAGGACGGGAAAUGUUUGCAAUCCACGUACUAUAUUCUCAAUUAAGAAAUCGCACUGUAUAUAGAUAUCGAAUGUACAUACACAAUAGUCUCAGAGCGCUUUCUACAAAACUUGUAACCAGCAAUAACGUAAUCAAAGAAUAUUUAAAACGUAACUCCUUAAUGCUGAUUUUGGCGCAUCUUCAAGGAAAAACGAUUUCGUGAUAAAGAGUCGUUUAAAAACGGACAGAUAAUAGACUUUGUAUAGUGAAUUAUAUUUAAUUAUAGUGACUUAGUGUUACAUUUAUUUAUUUUAUGUUUAAUGUGUUAAUUUAAGGUCGUAUGUAAAAAGGAUUUUAUAAAUUUGUUUAUAAAAGUGUACAUAAUGUUGAUAAAUAAAUAUUGAUUAAUCUUU